GACAUUGUGAAAGACCACAAAAUAUGGAACCACAAGAUGAAGACGUUGAACAUAGUCCUCUCUGGUCAGGGUCAGAAGGUUCCCAGGAGGUUUGUCCUCCUGAGCCUUUGGCCGAGUCCUAUAAUGAAGAUGAUGACAGUGAAUCAGAGUACCUCUCAGACACACAGAAUGCUCAUAUUCCCUUGUCUCAGUCUCCAGAGUGUCUUCAGUUGCAAGACAGGGAACCUGCAGAUGGCCAAGGAUCUCUCCUGGAACAGAGCGAGCAGGAAGAGUCCAUUUCCGACCAAGUAAAUGAUGAUUUUUACCUCUCUGAAUCAAGAGAAUCCAUCACAGAAUCUCCUCACAUCCAAGUUUCAGAAACAUCAGCAACCUCUGCCCCAGAGCUCCCAGAUUCCAAAUUAUGCCAGCAUUCCUGCUCUUCCUCCUCCUCUCUUGGCUUUGCUGCUGAGAUGACCAAGGCCCUGACCCUGAGCUCAGAAAAGCCCCUGGGGGCCAGUGAUAGGCAGGGCCCAGGGACUGAGAACAGGGGGGUUGAAUCUUCAGAGGAAGGAGGGAGUAGUGAAGCACCUCCUGCUUCUGUCAUCUUUGGAAUUUCUGACGAGGGUGCUGAACAGACAGAGACGAGGAACUUGGGGUCUGACAGGGAUCUCUGCAGACCAGACAGGCAAAGGGCAAGGUACUCACGGCUCAGUCACAAAGAGAGCCAAUCAGAGAGACACGUGAAAGAGACCAAGUCUAAAUGUAAGAGAAUUGCCCAACUCCUGGCCAAUGCACCCAACCCCCAAAACAAGGGAGCUUUGCUCUUUAAAAAACGCCGCCAGAGGGUCAAGAAGUACACUCUUGUGAGUUACGGAACUGGUGCUCAUGCCUUCGACAGCUCAGGUCAAAUAGAAGGUGAAACUGAUGAAAUUAGAUCUGCUGGUUAUACCUUCAUGGGUUCAAGUGAUUCUGACUUUGAGGAGCAGUAUUUUAAACAUCACUGGCACCAUAAUCCAAGUCUGAACUGCGGAAGUAGUCAAGACAUGAAUGUGCUACCAGAGACAAAGGGAAAGGGACUUUUGAUGUUUGCACAGCGUCGCAAACAAAUCGAUGAACUGGUGUCAGAGCAAGAGGAAGAGAGAGAGAGAUGUGAAGCAUUUCCUGAGGACGCUUUGAAAGAAACACAACAUGCAGGAGCACAGGAUAUUUAUGAAAGUAAAGAAAUGUACAUACAUGCUGAGGAGACCAAUGUGAGUGAUGUAAAUCUGAAGAAGCAUAUGGAUUACCAUUCAGAUAUUCAAGAGGUGAACCACCUCUCCACUAUGCUGAAACCUAUGGUGCCAAAUAGAACUGCCAAACCUUUUCUGGGAUUUCAAGAUAGCUCAACACUUGGACCUGCCGCCAUGUCUGGUGGUGUCAGUCCAGCCAUGAAGAAGCAUGAACUAACAUUUAAAGUCCCUGUACCGAUAAACUCUAACCCCAAGGUUUGGUCCCCAACUGGAGACAUUAUAGCCUCAAGAGAUGAGCGAAUAUCUGUGCCUGCCAUCAAGACCGGCAUAUUACCAGAGUCAAAGCGGAAAACAGCAAGUAAGAAUUCAUCAGUGUCUGCAAAAGAAUCCGAACUUUACAGCCAAAGCAAAGGUGAAAGAAAGUCUUAUAUUGAGUCAGAAGAAGACUGCUUCAGUUUGGGUGCUGAGGCUUGUAACUUUAUGCAACCCAAACCAAUAAAACUCAAAAAUCCCCCUCCAGUAGCACCAAAACCCACCAUUAAUCCAGCAUGCCCACCCUGGCUGAGGAGGAGUCCUUCUAGCGAGCCCCAUAUUCCUUCAAGAAGUCCCGUUUCCCAACCCUGUCACAGCCCCAUCGGCCUACAUGGUCAGCAUUAUUUACAGCAGCAAGGCUGGGCUCAGCCUCAACAGAUGGCCGGCCACUGGGCAUCAGAUCAAACAGAGGCAUCACUUCAAACACCUGCCAAUGCCCGGGUUCCAGUCAUCUCCUCUUCUCAGCUGCAUCUUCAGCCAAUCGCAAAUAGCUGGAGUCAACAGCCGUCACUUUCCCCUGUUUUUGGCAGGAGCCGCUCCCUAAGCCUCCCGCAGCGACUGAAUUCACUGCCUUCUCCUGGAUAUCUGUCACCUCUGAGCACACCUGGAGUCCAGCCGCCUUCUUCAUCUACAAAGAAGGAAACAUCCUUUUACAGGAAACCUCCGACGCCAUGGGAGGCAGCGUCGAGGAGCCCAAUCGGCUCUGUUGAUGAGGCCUUCAUGUUCCAGAGCCCCGUGUCCUUUGUUGCUUCUGAUGUCAUGGCUGCAGCACGCCACAGAUCUCUGCCCGAGCCUCCAGAAGAAUGGAAGCGCCGGGUGUCUCUCGAUUCUGCCGCUGUGAGUAACACUCACCAGCAGCAUCUGGCCCUGUCUGUUCAGGGACUGUCCGCGAGCAGGACGGUUUCCCCUGAGAAACCAGCCUUCUACGGGCCUCCAUUCAGACCUGCUCAGCCUCUGAGACCUAUCAGUCUUGGAUUCAAAGCUCAAAGUCCAAAUAUGUUCUCUCAUUUUUAUGGUGAGACGCACAGAAGUUAAUACCACUGAGAAUAAGCAAAGCAAGAAGGCCUACAUCAGAUAUAGCCACAUUUUACAGUUUUACAACCAGCACAGAGGUUCCACAUCUUUGCUUCAGCAGAAGGUAACGACUGAUAGAACGUUACAGAUACUGUCUCAAAUGCUAUAACUUUUUAGGCGGUUUAGGACAUCUGCUUUGAAUAAAGAAUGGGUGGUGAGGUGACUCUUCUGGUGGUGUCAGCUGAGUUGAACAACAGCACAACAUCCUGAGGGACUCUCAAAAAGACAUGUUAUUAUAGGAACAUUUUUCACUCAGUAUUUCAUGGCGAAGCAAAUAUUAUGUUGCUAUAGCUUAAUACAGUAUGACUUGAUAGGGUCAGCGUGAUCUUUUAAGGUUGAUUAUUUAUUUUUUAGCAGCAAUGGGUCUGAUUCAUUUAUAGCAUCGUAAAAGUAUUCAUACUUCUUAAAGUAUUUUUAUUUUUGGUCAUGUUACAACAACAAAUCUUUAUGUAAUAGACCAACACAAAGUAGUGCCUAAUUAUGAAGUAGAAGGAACAUGAUGUGUGUUUUUUAAAAGUUUUUCACAAAUGAAAGUCUAAAAAAUGUCACAUACAUUUGUAUUUGGCCCUCGUUAGGUAAAACUUUGUAGAACCACCUUCUGCUACGAUUACAGCUGCAGGUCAUUGGGAGUAUGUUUAUACCUGCUUUGCUCAUCCCCAGAUUGAAAUUUCUGCUUCUUCUUUUUUUUUUUUUUUGCAAACUAGCUCAAGAUCAGUAAGAUUGGAUGGAGCUGUGAACAUCAGUUUUCAGGUCUUCCUACAAAUGCUCAAUUGGACUAAUUGGAAGUAUUGGCUUUGACUAGGCCAUUUGAGCACAUGAAUAUCCAUUGUUCUAAAUCAUUCCAUUGUUGCUGUGGCUGUAUGUUUAAGGUCAUUGUCCUGCUGGAAGGUGAACCGCUGCUCCAGUCUCAAGUCUUUUACAGCCUCUAACAGGUUUUCUUCCAGAACUGCCCUGCAUUUAGCCCCAUCGAUGUUCCCAUCAACUCUGAUGGCCGCAGUUCCACCAUAGACCUUUAGGGAGCUGCAGAUUGUUGUAAAAAAAAAAAAACAAUUGAGAAGCAUAUACAUAUCUCCAUUCACUUCUCAACUAUCUGUUACUUUGUGUUGUUUAUGCCACAAAGUUCCACUGAAAUACAUUCAGGUGUGUGGUUGUAAUGCGAGAAAUGUGAAAAACAGGUAUGAAGGUAUUGUACUUUUAAGGUACUGUAAGUGGGUUGGUGAAUCCAUUUUUUCUUGAUAAAAGUCUUUCUUCCUUUAGUCAGAUUUGUUUGAACCCCAACCCUGUUGUGAACAAGCAGCUAGACAUUGUUGAAUGAAUAAAGAGAGUAGAAAUCACGCUCACCAGGACCCAUAUGGGUAAAUCAAGAUACAAAGAGCAAACAGAGCCAUUUACAAGGUGAUUUAAAUUUCAAUCAUCAUAGUUAAAUUGAGAACAAGCAGUAGUGAAUAAGUGGCUUUAGCCCUAACAGAUAAUGUUUACCCUGUCAAAAAAUGUUACAAUGUUUAAUGCCUUUUUACAUUUUAUUCAGGAUGUUAUUAUUAAAUGUUUGAUUCACUGACAAGGAUGAAACAUAUAACAAACUAAAAUCCAGUAUGUUGAUGGUAUGAAAAUAUAUUUCUGCUGAAACAUGUUCAUUGAUUUGUUUUCGGGGGUGUUGUGUGAUGUUUUUGUUUGUACUCUGAGGGCGAAUUUACCAAGAAGAAAAGGAAUAAGUAUGUAUUUGAGUGUUUGUAACUUGAACAGCAGUGUUGGCUUUAAACGAUAUAGUCACUUUGUUUCACACACACUUAGCUUUUGAGUAUUUGAUGAGCUGUUUCUUUUGGCUUUUAGUUUUCUUUAUAUUGAUGAUCAUCAUCAAAGCCCAAACAAAUUUUGCUUUUCACGCUAUUGUUAGUUCAAGUGUGGACAGUAUCCGAUGAUAUUAUUUAGAAUAUUUUUGAACACAUUUGUUGUGGACGGUGUGGUGAUUUUCCAGUGCAAUGUUCUUUCAGCCACUGGGUGGAUGUUGAUGAAUGUGUGAUUAUCAGCGGCUGAAGUUAGACAUGUUGAACUUCUCCAUGAAUGUGUCUUUAGCUCAACUCUUUCGCUGCAACAAAACAUGCUAUUGUAUGUUUCAUCUUCACCGACUGCCACAUGCCAUGCAGAGUAUUGUUUUUUCUUUGUGUUACAUGGUCUUUUUGAACAGUUUUAAGAUAGAGCUGUUUCAUAUAGGCUACACAAUGAUAUUCCACUUGGUAAACCACAAACGUAAUUUAUGCAUGAACAUAAGAGACUUUGUUUUGAUUAAUGGAUGGUAGUGUAUUUAAAUAAGAAGGAAUAGUUGUUUCAGAUGUUAAUUUUUGGACUAUCACAUUCACUAAGACCCAUACUGUGUGGUGUUUCACUAAUGGAUUUGUGAUUUUGAGAGUUUCCAUCAUGCAGCCCUAAUAUUCUGGCUUUACCACUGUGCAGUUAAGUGUUUUUCUCCACUUUUAAGACCAUUAAAAAUAUAAAAGCUGUA